AAGCUGGACGUGGCAAGUCUACCCUGGGUCCAGAAUGACACCUCCAUCAUGCUCCCAACGACACUGCGACAGACCCAGGAGACCCUCCUCAACUUCGCCAAGGAUUAUAAACUUGCGAAGCGCCUCCUUGUCAACUCGCCUCGGUGCCCGCAGUUCCCAGAUGCCGAGUGGGAUAACAUCCUCAAAGGCCGUCCCGUUGACUUCGACAGAGUCCUAUCCGGAACGUUCUCCAUCACCUUCGACGACAAGCAAACCGAGAAGAUUGGAGAAAUUGAAAUCGCCGUCGGAGCUGCCGCCCCGGCAAAGAUCGUCAGGACACAUGGAGAGUGGACGAUUGCUUGGGAACAGUAUGUUGCCGCCAUCACCUUCGUCUUCCCUUGGCGCACCUCCGAGCUUCAUGGCUAUGGACAGUCCGUCCUCCGUCUAUUCUCCGCAAUCAUCCCAUCUCUCCACAACCGCGUCAUUUGCUAUGAUAAAGCAGUCCGAACCCGUGUCGCGCAACGACGCGACUUGCUACUCACGGAUGUCGAGGGAUAUGCUGACCUCAAGCUUGCAUGGCUCAGUGAGCUCGGAGUUGGCCACACUGGGAAUAGCUCCCCCCGUCGCACCCUCAACUCUCGUGAAACCAAGCAGCCCGCAAGUAGUCGACGUGGGUGGGAACCAUGCAUCCGCUGGAACAAUGGCAAAUGCUCCUCCGAUGCGGGAGCAUGCCGAUACCUCCAUAUCUGCCGUCGCUGUGGAUCUCCAGCCCACACGUCGCACGACUGCUCG